UCAUAGGAAGAUCACCUUCCCCUGCUUAAUUAAAGCAUCACUUAGGGCUCCAAGUGAGCUCUGGUCAGAGGCUGCUUUGAAGACAGCUAGCAGGGGCCAUGACCACCCUCUCUCCUGAAAACAGCCUCUCUGCCAGGCAGUCGGCCUCCUUCAUCCUGGUGAAGAGAAAACCACCCAUUGACAAGACGGAAUGGGAUGGCUUCUUUGACGAGAACGGUCACUUGGCCAAGUCACGAGACUCCAUUUGUGUUAACAUCCUGGAAAGGGGUCUGCACCCCUUCGUGAGGACGGAAGCCUGGAAAUUCCUUACGGGCUACUACUCAUGGCAGAGUUCCCAGGAUGAGCGGCUCAUGGUGGACAGCACAAGGAGGAAGAACUACAAGGCCUUAUGCCAGAUGUACGAGAAGAUUCAGCCCCUUCUGGAAAACCUGCACCGGAACUUCAUAGAGACUCGGAAUAACAUCGCAUACGACAUCCAGAAACUCUAUGACAAAGACCCCCUGGGCAAUGUCCUUAUUGAUAAGAAGAGGCUGGAGAAGAUUCUGCUCCUGAGUUACGUCUGCAACACCCAGGCAGAGUACCAGCAGGGCUUCCAUGAGAUGGUGAUGCUCUUCCAGCUGAUGGUGGAACAUGACCAUGAGACCUUCUGGCUUUUCCAGUUCUUCCUGCAGAAAACGGAGCACAGCUGUGUCAUCAACAUCGGGGUGGGCAAGAACCUCGACAUGCUCAACAACGUGAUCAACUUCCUGGACCCCGUGUUUGCUGAGCACUUAAAAGGGAAGGGUGCGGGGGCCGUGCAGUCCCUCUUCCCCUGGUUCUGCCUCUACUUUCAACGUGCCUUCAAGUCCUUCGACGACGUCUGGAGGCUCUGGGAGGUCCUGCUGACGGGAAAGCCCUGCAGGAACUUCCAGGUGCUGGUGGCCUACAGCAUGCUGCAGAUGGUGCGCACGCAGGUGCUGCAGGAGAGCAUGACGGGCGACGACAUCCUCCUGGCGUGCAACAACCUCAUAGACCUUGAUGUUGCUGAGCUGGUCUCUGCUGCCUGCACAGCCUACGCGGAGCUCGUCCAAAAGGAUGCAAGUUACCCCGAUUACUUGUCCUCCUUCCCUUCCUCCUCCAAGAAGCCCUCCCCAGUCUCCCAAGCCCAGCCCAUGGCAGGUGUAUUCAACUUCAGGGACACAGCUUGUGCUAUGUUCUCUGCCACCAACCCACAGGGCUUGCUCUGCAUGGACUUCUCACAGGAAAGGAACAUGGUUCUAGGAGAGAAGAUAGAAAUUAGUGGUGGUGGUGGUGAUGCCAGUGACAAUGGCGGGGAUUCAAGCAUGAUGGUUGUGAGGACGAUGGUGGGCGGGAGGAGCUGUGAUGUUGCUAAUGAUGGUGGUGAAUGA